CUCUUCUCUUUAUACAAGAUGUUUAGAAAUAUUGCACGUCAUGCUUUGAUACCAACAUGGAGACGUUCUGUUGCAGUCAAGGCUCAUGUUCCACUUGUUCGUAUGAGAGUGAUGCAACCCUUGAUUCGACCUUUUCACAUGAGCCUUUUAUCCCCCAACCAAAACUACAGUAUUACAGAUUUGACAACGGAGAGAUAUCAUCGAUUAUCAGACGAGUUAUUGGAACACAUGUGUAUGAAAUUAGAGGAACUUGCAGAUGAGACAGAUAUGAAGGGAUUUGAUGUAGAAUAUAACCAAGGUGUGAUGACCAUCUCUGUUGGUGACCAUGGUACCUAUGUUAUUAACAAGCAACCUCCCAAUCAUCAAAUAUGGCUAUCUUCGCCUGUCAGUGGACCUCAACGAUACGAUUUUGAUGAAAAGAAUCAUAAAUGGUUUUACCAUCGUGAUAAUCACACCUUGGACGACGUAUUGAACUCAGAGUUAUCGAAAGCGAUGGGAGAAAAGAUUGAUUUACUCGAAGGAUUUGAGCCUCAAGAGAAAUAAAUAAAUUUUUUUUUUUUUAUUUCUGUCCUGUGGAUUCUGUGAUGAUAGUCGUGGGUUUUCUAUACUUUUGUUUACCGAAAUCAAAGGGCACAUAACGGUAUUUGACCAUGUGUUGAAUUUGUCGUCGCAUGGUCAAUGCAAAUAGGAUACAGAAAUAGGCCAAAAGGAUAGGCCAGAAUACGGGAAUAUCAAAGAAUGAAAAGAAACUGCAAAAAAUCGCGAGGAGUGUUGCCUUGGUAGAUGAAUACCUUACAAAUUGGGUGGUUGGGGUUAGCUUUUUUUUUUAAAAAAAGAGAAAGAGAGAUCAUUUACCAGAACUUGAAUUCAGGAAGACGACGAAUAAAUGGUCUGAAUUCU